UGCGUGUGCAGUUGCAUGUGCAUGUGGAUACAGCACAUGGUAAGGUAGUAUUCACAGCCAAUAUCAUGCAUCCUUCCAGCAGUCAUAACUACUGUCUGUAUCCACACAGUACUCCAAGUAUCCUCCAUGUAUCCAAGCCGCGGAUCCGGAUCCCUUUCCCUCGGACUUUUAUCUCUCGCAUCCUCUAUCUCUCCGUCGUCACCUCCGCUCAUUUAUUGCAGAUCAACAACAACAGCUACCAUCAUUAUCCCGCCCAACAACCAUCACACAUCAUCAUCAUCAUCACACAUCAUACUCUGCACCUCACCCCACAUCCCCCCGAUUCCCAGAUCCCGGAACCAAAACUCAGGAACCCACCUCUUCUCCAUCAUCCAUGUGAACGAAGGUGUCUGAGUCGGUGCGAAUCCCGCUGCUCCUGUUGUCUCGUGCUCGUCGGGUCAACGUCCAUCACCAUCACCACCACGUUGCACCUUCCGCUUCAAUAUUCUCCUAUCCUCUUCCUAACUUGUUCCCCCAAAUCACACCACCGCU